GACGACGAUAAAGAGUUGCAGCAGGAACCCAAGGAAGAAGAAGACUCCUAUGUUUGGGACAGCGAUUCGCAGCUCUACAUCCAUCACAGGCUACGUCUCUUUCCAAAUUUUACUCCUUUUCUCUCGCUCGACUCUAGGGAUUUUAUUUGCCUAAUUUCCUUGGCUCGCUGUUUAGGUCUGAUGAUGUCUUUGUGUUACUUAAAAGCUUGGAUCUUUCAUUAUCUUACAAUAUAAGGAUAUUGCAGUGUAUCUGCUAUUUGGUUUUAAGGAGUGAUGAAAAAAGGCUGAUACUUUAUUGAGAUUGAUGCUUGAUUCGAAUUUAACUAACAGCUCACCUUGCACAUGCCUAGGAAUGUUUUUGAUAAUUUGUAUUGGUUUUUGGAUGCUAACUUCAUGUUUUGUGAAUCGCAGUAGUGGGUUUUAUCAUGAUCCAAAUGCUGGUUGGUAUUAUUGUAGCAAGGAUGGUCGUUACUACAAGCAUGAGAAUGGCGAAUAUGUUCCCUUGGAAUAUGAAGAGUCUGGUGGUCCUGUAGAUAUCGUCACUUGUGAUCUAUCCGAAGAUGACUCAAACAGAAAGUAUGCUCUUCAUCAGGCUGAGAAUGUAGAAAGUGAGUAUAAAGUUUCACUGAGUAAUCCUGGAGAAGCUCCUUCAGAUCCAACAGGGUCCUCAAAUGACCAGGAACCUGAACAUCCUCAACGCCCUUCCUCAUGGGUGGAAGAUGCACUUAUCGAACUUUAUUUGGCUGGUUAUAAACAAGAGCCCAGUUAUUCCAGCUAUAAGAUGACUUCAGGGGAAAGUACUCAGGAUCAUCAUAUGUUGUCAGCUAAUGGAGACGAUGAGGCUGAGGAACUUGAAGACGGAGAAUGGAUUCCUGAAGAGGAUUUUGAUCCACAGGAAGACAACUUCAGUGAAGAUGCUCCUUUAAGCGAGGAAGAAAGAUGGUUAGCACAAUAUGGUCAAGUCAUCGAAUCCCCUGAGAAGACUCUUCCUGAGAUCCCGUCUGUUGAUUUGUGGGAUUGGAAACUUGUUUCAGAAACCAAAGAAGCUUUAGCUGACAAUGAACAGGUGGUUAGGUUAGUAGGGAGGCUGGUCAGACGGUCUGCCAACCUUCAUCCAUCUGUGGCUUCUGGUGGCACACUUCUCAAGACUGCUCCAAUUUGCGAAGCAAGACUUCACCUCGUGCGAGUUAGGACAGGUCAGGUCUAUAAACUUCGAAAUCCUAGCGCCAAAUACCUUGCAUCCUUGUCAGUGUAUGACUCCUCUGACCCAACAAAAGAUUGGGGAUUCCCUGAUAUUUCAACUGCAUGGCAAAAUCCUGAUUCAAAACGCAAAGGUAAGAGGGUGAAACCAAAAACUGACUCCAAACUGAAGCAUCGUGAAGUCGACAUGAUUGAAGAGCUGGAGACAAAACGCAAAGCUAAGAAGGUGAAACCAAAAACUGACUGCAAACUUACAGCGAAGCCUCGUGAAGUCGACAUGUUUGAAGAGCAGGAGGCAGAAAGCAAAGCUCAGAAGGUGAAACAAAAAACUGACUGCCAACUCACAGUGAAGCCACAAGAUCAAGUCAAUAUAACUGAAGAGCAGAGAAGCUGUUCAUACAGAGAUAGAGCCGCUGAGAGAAGAAAUUUGCAUGGUGGAUAUGGUGUUGGGCCAGGUCAAAAAGGAACAAUGGUGGGCGAUAACACGGACGAGCAUUCAGUUACCGACACUGCUUCUGAAGAGGAUGCUGCAGCAGAAGCAUUGGAGUUAUCAUUUGGAUCUGGAAGUUAUGCAAGGAGAAUAAUGAGAAACAUGGGUUGGAAGGAGGGUGAGACGCUGGGAAAGAAUACAAAUGGUUUGGUUGAACCGAUACAAGCAGUGGGAAACACUGGGAAUGUAGGGCUAGGUUUUCCUCAAAGGAAAAGAAGAUAAUCUGAGGAAACAGAUUAACAGAUUUUCUCUUUAUGGGACUCUUUUAGGUGUCCAUACUUGAGCAUGUGAAGCUUUGUAACUAUAGAUUGGCGUUUAUAGCCAGAGUUUCUAUGAUAAUGAGGUUGCAUUAUAAAUUAGACAAGUCUCUCAUUUAUAUCUGAUUUGAUUUUGAGCAAUGGUAUGAGAGAAAUAGAAGUAAACGAUAGAUAAGUUGGUUUGAAUUGUUACUCGACUAAGCAAGAAAAUGUAUACGAAAACAAUUCACAUAUGUGAUUUUCUAAGGAUUUCAUGGUAA